AGACGUGUAUUAUACGGUAAUAUAAAACAUUUACUACCAUCAUGCAUCAGCCUAGGGUGACGGAUGAAGAUGAAACUGCGAGAAGAUGGUGUUUAAACACACUAUAGUUCUCCUCGGAUAUUUAUUUUGUGUAAACGGACAUGGCUUUUUAUUAGAUCCACCUCAGAGAUCUUCACUGUGGAGGAUUUAUCCAGGACAUUUCCCGCCAAAUUAUAAUGACAAUGCUCUAAAUUGUGGAGGCAGAUUGUAUCAAUGGCAAGUGAAAAAUGGUCGUUGUGGAUCUUGCGGAGACCCAAUUGAUGACAUCAGACAGCACGAAGAUAAUGGCCUCUACGAUAGCGGUUUUAUUUCUAGGAACUACACCUCGGGUUCAGAUGUUAUUUUGACGGUCAGAAUAACGUCCAAUCACAAAGGCUGGUUCGAAUUCAAAAUAUGUCCACGUGAUCACUUCCAAGGAUCAUUGGAUACUUGCCUAGAAAAUCACAUUCUUGAAAUAGAUGGUCGAGGAAUUCGAUAUGAAUUAGGUCAAGCAUCCGGUGAUAUUGAGGUCAAAGUUAGACUACCACCUGGUCUUACAUGCGCAAGAUGUAUAUUACAAUGGAAAUAUAAUACUGGCAAUAGUUGGGGUUGUAAUGACAGUGGUUGCUGCGUCGGAUGUGGACCACAAGAACAAUUCUACAACUGUGCUGACAUUGGAAUUUACAAUUCGGAUGAACCAUAUGACUUUGGUGAAAUACCACAAAAAGAUCCUCUUUCAUUUUUGCCCAAACCACUUCCAACAAGUAAACCAAAAGUGAAAACAUGUUACACUUCACCAGAAUACAGAGAUGUAGCCGGCAUGGAGAAAUGGUGUCAGGACACGUGCCCGUUCUGUCCGAAAUCCCACUGUAUGUGUUCAUAUAUAUAAGUACAGUCAAACCUGUUUGAAGGAACCAAUUAAGGGAGAGCUAAAAAGUGGUCUUUUAAGACUAGUAGACUCUUAAUACAGGUCCAAUUUAUAUGUAAUGCACUACAGAAGGAUUACAAGUUGAUGGUCUGAAACGCAGGAUUUUGCUUAAUACAGGUUGUCUCUUAAAUAGGUUUGACUGUAUAUUUUAUCAGUGUCAUAAUUAGAUAAAUUACAACUUUUUAUGACAGACUGGAGUUUUUUCAUUUAGAUAUGCAACUUGUGUGUAACACAUCGAAAUCAUGAAUUGUCAAAAGCGUAAGAACAAAUUAAAUCAAAUGAAAAUGGAUAA